AUGAAGUUCUUCAACGCACUCAAGUCAUCGGCUCCGCCGUCCAAUACUUUUACGCUCGCAAACAAAGAAUUUGCAAAGGUAACAUGGUGGCGCGAGCCGGGCCUUCGACGUUUGUAUCUCUUGCUUCUCGUGCCUCUGAUGACGUCCAUGGUCAACGGCUACGAUGGCUCCAUGAUGAACGCACUUCAGACGAGCGGCCAGUGGCAGGAUUAUUUCCAUCAUCCGCGCGGCUCGCUGCUGGCGUUUUACAAUCUAGCCUUUGGACUGGGACAGCUCUUGGCCGUGGUUCCAUUCCCAUUCCCUGCUACGAUUGCAGACAAGCUGGGGAGGCGAUGGGGAAUCGUUAUUGGCAGCGUCGUUGCAAUAAUUGGUGUGGCGAUUCAGAGCGCCAGUAUAGAUGUCGGCAUGUUUGUCGCCGGAAGAUUUAUUCUCGGCUUUGGCGUCAUGAUAGACCACGGCAGUGCGCCUCUUAUAGUGACCGAGUUGGCUCACACGCAGCACCGAGCCACAAUCACUGCGGUGUACAACUCGAUGUGGUAUUUUGGGUCGAUUGUUGCUGCGUGGGUGACUUUUGGAACCAUAAAUAUUGAUAGUGACUGGGCAUGGCGCAUUCCGUCCAUCAUCCAGGCUUUCCCUGCUAUCGUGCAGAUCAUAUUUGUUUGGUUGUUACCAGAGAGCCCACGUUUCCUCAUUGCCAAGGAUCGUCACGACGAAGCCCUCCAAGUCCUGGUCAAGUUCCACGGCAACGGCGAGCGCACUGAAUUCGUCCAGACUUCCUUCACCGAGAUCAAGGAGACGCUCGCUCUAGAGCAAGAGUUUUCCUCGAGGAGCGGCUGGCUCGAACUCAUCCGCACGCCAGGCAAUCGCAAACGCACUCUCAUCUGCUACCUCCAGGGCUUCUUCUCUCAGUGGUGCGGCAACGGUCUGGUCUCGUACUAUCUUGUUCCUGUGCUGGAAACGAUUGGCAUCACCAAGAAUGCUGAGCAGGCUGGCCUCAAUGGCGGACUGCAGAUUUGGAAUUUUAUAGUUGCCAUUUGGGCCUCGUUCAAUAUUGACAAGAUUGGCAGGAGGAAGAUGGUGUUGGGCAGCACAGGAUCGAUGAUUAUAUGCUUUGUGCUAUGGACUAUACUUUCGGCACGGUAUAACAUCACGGGAGACAGCGCCGAUGCGAAGGGUGUUAUCGUCAUGAUCUUUUUAUUUUACACGGCGUUCAAUUGUGGAUGGCAAGGUCUGCUCCUGGCAUAUCCCAUUGAGAUUUUGCCCUACGAAAUCCGCGCAAAGGGCCUGAACGUUACGUUUUUCGGAGUCAGCACAAACUUGCUCAACCAGUACAUCAACCCGGUUGGUAUUGAGUCUCAGGGAUGGAGAUUCUACAUUUUCUACGACGUCUUUCUCUGUGUUAUUUUCACUGUCGUAUAUUUCCUCUGGGUCGAAACAAAGAACACUCCGUUGGAAGAAAUCGCCAAAUAUUUCGACGGCGACGAAGCCAAAGUGGGCGGCGGCGCGUCAACCGGCGUCUCAGCAGCAGUGCUUGCUCAGAUGCGGGCAAAGAAGGAUGACUUUGGCGAAGAAGUGACACAUGUCGAAGAGAAUACAGCAUAG